CCCAAGGCCCCAGCUGACCUUCUCACAUUCUCAACUUUGUCAAAUUCCAACAACCUCGUUCUAAAACUUGGGCUCAAAUUACUACCAGAUACCUACUUACCUUAUCUCCUCAACCUCAUCUCCCCUCGGCUUUCAUCUUCCAAGUCGCGACAGCGAGUACUUCGACGCACAACAAUUGACCGCACACGCCACCCCACCUGACCGACGUGCCCGUCAUGUCUAUUUACCCCGAUGUCAUGCCAGCUGUGCUGGACCAGCUUCGAGAAAAAGCACGCGCGGAGUACAGGGCGCGCAUUCCGAUUCGCAAACUCGACAAGUUGCAUCGUGAUGCACUCACUCGCGCCAUCAACAAUGUUCUUUCUACAGAACUCGCCAUCUUCACCUACGCCCAAAUCAUCGACGGCUUGCCAACCGCCGAUGUCGCCUGGGAUCGGCGAUUGCCAGGACUCUACGGUGACCAUCCACUCGACGGGCACGAAGAGCUCUGUCCCGGCGCCAUGGAAAAAGCGCGCGAGAUCUGCCCUCUGUGGGAUCCCGACAUGCUAGCAUUCAACCCCAAGCUUGUCAAUGCGUUUCAAAGGGCGGCUCCCGGCACCAAGAUGUUCAAUACACGCUUGAUUGAACUGGUUGCUGUGGCUCUCCACCAAUUUGGUGCGCUGCUCUACCAGAUGGAUUUCCGCCUCCACAAAGGUGAUGUCGACGCCGUUGUGAAUUGGGUCAUGCCGAGGCCGUGGUGGUCGAGGGAAGAAAAGUGGGAGCCCGUCCCGCCACGUCCCAGCAUCUUCAAUCACCACGCUUACGUCGACGACGACAUCUACCCCGAGGGCAAAGCUGAUGUCGUAGGGUAUUGGGUGGAAGAUCGCAUUUUUGGCGGCGUCGUCGUAUUUGACCGUCGCGCAGAGACGGACAAAGAUGGGAACUUUCUGCCGCAGGAUCCUCCUAACAUCUACCUCCACCCUUGUCGCUCAACGGUCACGAUGCGGGUCACGCAGCUCCUCGACCACCAGCAGCAAGCCCUGGUUGACUUCUUACUCUCUGACCCUGCGUCGAUAGACUCCUCGGAGGCCACCCCGACAAGGCCCUGUCCGCUCCCGAUCCUUGUGGAUGACCGUAACCGCAAACGCUACGAUCCCGAAGACGCAAUCACCAUCCACCUCAUCUAUAGGGAUGUCUGGGAGCGCAAACCGCUGGACAAGGACGAGAGAAACAUGAUGAAGCGCCGGCCGCAGUGUGCAAUCGACUACCCCGAGGCCAAUCUUCAGCUGCUCCGCUUGAACAUGGCGGCAGGAGAACCGCUGCCCGAGGGCCGUUACAAGCGCUACCUGGAGGGCGAGGGAGAUCUAGACGAGAAUGACGUAGAUGAGGGCCCUUUGAAGAGGGCAUUAGAUCAAUAUAUGGAAAUAAACGGCAUUGUGAAGAAGGUGAAACUGGAACAUGCACCCGGCGAGGCCGAGGAAAAGGGGGGGACUAGCGAAGGGGGACACGAAGGUAAGGGUAAGGAGAAAGAAGGAGAGAAAAAUAAAGGGGCCGAGGAGAAUGAGGUGGGGGAAACUGGGCAGGUAGAGGAGGAAACGAGAGAAAAGUCCUGUGAAAAUGGCGACACACAGGUCCAGUGACAUAAGUCUUCGAUCCAGACAUAGCUCUUGGGAACCAGCAGAAGCCAGGAAGCUUGUGCAUUAACAAUGUUGAUUACUUCG